ACCACCUUGAUGGAUGCAGUGACAGACAAGGACCCGCAAGUGCAAGAGCAGGUGUGCAGUGCCCUGUGCACCCUGGGUGAGGCCCAGCCGGAGGUGAUGCUGGGCACCUGUGCAGAGUACCUGGGACAGCACGAGAAGCUGGCCCACCCAUACCGAGCCCUGAUCCUGAAGGCUAUGGAGGCCGUCGUGAGCACUCACAUCAGUAGCUUGGACAAGGACACAGCAAGGGCCCUCAUCCUGAUGGCCACCAGAGAGAUGACCAAGGCAAAGGACCUGGUCCCUGACUGGCAGCAGGCCUCAAGCAGUGUCCUCGUGGCAGUGGGCACCCGGUUCAUCAACGCUGUGAUGGAGGAGUUGCUGAAUCAGUUCCAGCCGGGCCUGCUGCCCCACCACUUCGUGGUGCAGACACUGGCCAAUCUUGCCACGUCCAAUGUGUUUGGCAUGGUGCCCUUCCUGCCCUCCAUCCUAGGCACCAUGCUGCCCAUGCUGCCCAUGGCCAAGCAGGAUGCCUUACGGGUGGUGUUCUGCUCUGCCCUGCAGCACUUCAGCGAGAGCACCCUGGAGUACCUGGCCAACCUGGACCAGGCGCCAGACCCCACGGUCAGGAAGGACACCUUCUCCUCUGAGAUCUUCAUUGCUUAUGAUGUGUUCUUCAACCACUGGCUGCAGAGUCGUGAAGCCAAGCUCCGGUUAGCUGUGGUGGAGGCCCUGGGGCCCAUGAGCCACCUGCUGCCCAAUGAGAGGCUGGAGGAGCAGCUGCCCAAGCUUGUCCCAGGCGUGCUUUCCCUCUACAAAAAGCAUGCUGAGACCCUCCCUGUGUCCAAGAGUCUGGGCCAGAUCUUGGAGGCAGCUGUGAACGUGGGCAGUCGCAUACUGGAGGGCCAGCUGGACAUGCUUCUGGGGGCCCUACAUGCCCAGAUAUGUGUUCCAGUAGAGUCAUCCAGCCCCUUGGUGGUCAGCAACCAGAAAGAGGUGCUGCGCUGCUUCACUGUGCUGGCCUGCUUUGCCCCUGACCGCUUGCUUGCCUUCUUGCUGCCCAAGCUGGACACUAGCAAUGAACGGAUCCGUGUUGGCUCCCUACAGGUCCUGAGACAUGUCAUCAACUCGGCGGCCACUCAGAUGGAGGUCCGGAAGCUUUUUAUCCUUUCUUCCAUGCGACUGCCCUUACAAGACACCAAUAACAAGGUGAAGCGGGCCAUGGUGCAGGUGAUCAGUGCCAUGGCCCACCAUGGUUACCUGGAGCAGCCUGGAGGCCAAGCGAUGGUGGAGUACAUCGUUCAGCAGUGUGCACUGCCCCCUGAGCCACAGAGAGCAGGUACAGGCAGCGAGGACUUGCCUGCAGACAGCGUCCGCGCCAUCAGCAUCAGCACCCUCUACCUCAUCAGCACCACUGUGGACAGGAUGAGUGACGUGCUCUGGCCAUACCUGCUUGAGUUCCUCACACCUGUGCGGUUCACUGGGGCACUGGGCCCACUCUGUCGGAGCCUGGCUCACCUUACCCUGAAGAGGCAGGAGGCUGGAGCUGAAGCCUUUCUCAUCCCAUUUGAGGCCAGCGGGAGCCUCCCGUCCCCCUACGCUAUCACCACCCGGAUACUGGUCGUGUCCUCUGACCCCUACGUGGGGGAUGGCCGCGGGGCGGCUUCACUGCGGCUCCUCCAAGUUCUCCAUCAUCACAUCCACCCACUGCUGGGCCUGAGGUGGGAGAAGUUGGUCCCUCAGCUGCUGCAGCACCUGGAUGAACACAGCGAGGAGACCCUGCCUCGGAAGGAGUGGGAGGAAAAGCUCCUGAUGUUCCUGCGGGAAACCCUGGCCGUCGUGUCCGACAACACGUGGAUCUGCCAGCUGGGCCUGGAGAUGUGCAGGCAGCUGCCCUCCUACAAUGGGGUGUCCCAGGAGAAGAACUUCCUGUAUAAGUGUAUAGGGACCACCCUGGGUGCCAUAUCCAGUAAGGAGGUGGUGAGGAAGCACCUUCAAGAGCUACUGGAGAUGGCCAGAUACCAGGUGGAGGCAGAGCACGAGGGCCUGGCCUGCUGUUUCGGCAUCUGUGCCAUCUCACAUCUGGAUGACGUCCUGGCCCAGCUGGAGGACUUUGUGCGGUCUGAAGUAUUCAGGAAGUCCAUUGGCAUCUUAAGCAUUUUCAAGGACCGCAGUGAGAAUGAGGUGGAGAAGGUCAGGAGUGCACUGAUCUUGUGUUACGGACAUGUGGCUGCACAGGCACCCCGUGAGCUGGUGCUGGCUCGGGCAGAAGCUGACAUCCUCCGGAACAUGUUCCAGUAUUUCAGCACCAAGGUUCUGGGGAUAAAGGUAGAGACCAAGGACCCGGCCCUGAAGCUGUGCCUUGUCCAGAGUGUGUGCAUGGUCAGCCAGGCCAUCUGUGGCAGUGCACAGGCCAGCACCUUUCACUUCUCACGGAAAGCAGAACUGGUGGCCCACAUGAUGGACUUCAUCCGGGCUGAGCCCCCAGAUCUGCUGAGGACACCCCUGCGGAAGAAGGCCAUGAUGGCAUGCGCACUCCUGGUCUCCCUAGAACCGCCGCUGGACGAGAAAAUGCAGGCAGACGUGGCCCAUGGCUGCCUGCACAGCGUCAUGGCUCUGCUGCCAGAGCCGGACAGGGAGGAUGCCAGUGACUAUGAGGUCUUGUACCUUGACACGAUCCAUGCUCUGGAGAACCUGCUGACUAAGCUCCUGUGUCGGAACAUGACACCUCAGGGCCUGCAGGUCAUGGUGGAGCACCUGAGCCCGUGGAUCAAGUCCCCCCGUGGCCAUGAGCGAGAGCGGGCGCUGGGGGUCAGUGCCUGUCUGUUACGCUACUUCCUGGAACAUCUGCAUGUUAGCGCCCUGGUGCCCUUCCACAACCUGGGCCUCCUCAUCGGCCUCUUCGCUCCACGCUGUGCCGACCUGCGGCCAGCUACCCGCCAGGAGGCUGUGGGCUGUGUCCACUGUCUGCUCUACCUCCAGCUGCGCUAUGACGGCUUUGCUCAGGACUAUCAGGAUGAAGUAGCUGAGCGACUCCUCGCCCUCAAGGAAGGCCUGGUGCACCCGGACCCCACAGUGCUCUUCCACACCUGUCACAGCAUAGCCCAGGUCAUUGGGAAGCGCCUUCCACCAGAUCAGCUCAUCAGUCUCCUGCUCACCAUGUUCGAAGGUCUGGGGGACGUUGACAAGAACUGCUCCCGCGCCGCCACCGUCAUGAUCAACUGUCUGCUGAAGGAACGGGGCACCAUGCUCCUGGAGAAGGUUCCCGAGAUUGUGAGUGUGCUGCACUCCAAGCUGCAGGAGACGCAGGAGGAGCAUGUCCUGAAGGCUGCCCAGCUCAGUGUGUACUUACUGGCCUCCCAGCACUGUGCUGCCGUUGUGUCCAGCCUCCUGGGCAGCCCCUUGCCCUUCGACAGUCACACCUGCACCCUGUGGCGGGCCCUGGCUGUGGAGCCCAACCUGACCGCCCAGGUGCUGGGGCUACUGCUGGAGAAGAUGAGCCGGGACGUCCCAUUCAAGGAGAGCCGGUCAUUCUUACUGAGUAGCACCCCCGACCGUGUGGCCACCACACUGCCCCUCACGGCCACGUGUGCAUUGUAUGAGGUGCUGUCCACCCCAGCCUCUGGGCCUGCUGUGCUGGAGCGCUAUCCUGAGCUGUUUGUGGCUCUCCUCCUGCGAGUCAGCUGCACAGUGGGUGUCCAGCUGCCCCGGAAUCUGCAAAGUAAGGAGAAGAGGGGCCUCAGCACCCCCUCAGCCACCAGGAGCCUGGAACCUUGUAGCUCUGCCGUGGACACACUGCAGGCCAUGCUGCUGAGGGGUGGCAGUGAAGACGUGGUUCGGCACUUGGAGCUGCAGGGAGGCUGGGAGCUGCUGAGGACCUCUGAAGGGCAUGAGGAGGGUGUCACCCAUCUGGCGAGGGCCAUGGCAAAGCACGCAGGUCCCCGGCUGCCCCUGGUGAUGAAGGCCCUUCUGUCCACCCAGAGCAGUGUAUACAAGACCCAGAAGGUCACCUCCACAGCCUUCUUAGCAGAGCUGCUCAGCAGUAAUGCAGUCAAUGACCUGAUGCUUCUGGAGUCCCUGCUGGACAACCUGGCAGCCCGGCAGAAGGACACGUGCCCCAGUGUUCGGAGGCUGGUGCUCAGGGGGCUGGCCAACCUGGCAUCAGGCUCCCCAGACAAGGUGCCAGCUCAUGGCCCCCAGCUCCUGGCAGUGCUGAUUGGGGGACUGGAUGACACAGAUGACCCGCACAGCCUGGUGGCCCUGGAGGCUAUGGUGGGCCUGGCGAGGAUAGUGGACCUGGUGGAGCCGUGGGACCUGCGCACAGUGCUGCUGCACGUUGCCAUCCGCAGCCGGCCCUUCUUCGACAGUGAGAAGAUGGAAUUUCGCCAGGCAUCUAUUCACCUGUUUGGACACCUCAACAAGGUCUGUCAGGGAGACUGUGAAGAUGUGUUCCUGGAGCAGACGGUCAGUGCGCUGGUGCCACUGCUGCUACACCUGCGUGACCCUCAGCCCACAGUUGUAGAGGCCUGCAGGUUUGCUCUGUGCAUGUGUGGCCCCAACUUGGGGUGUGAAGAGCUGACAAUCACUGUCCAGAAGCACCUGCAGGAGGGCCGUGGCCUGCACUUUGGCGAGUUCCUUAACAUCACCUGCAAACACCUGAUGCACCACUUCCCUGACCUGUUGGGCCGUCUGCUGAGUACGAACCUCUUCUACUUCAAGAGUGGCUGGGAGGACAUACGGGCCGCUGCACCCAUGUUCACAGGCUUCCUGGUGCUUCACGCAGAUCGUGAGCAACGACAGCAGGUGGACCUAGACCAGCUCGUGGCCGCUCUCCAGCUCUUGCUCAAGGACCCCGUGCCUGCUGUGCGCAUGAAGGCUGCAGAGACACUGGGCCGCCUGGUGAAGUUUGCCUGA